AUUAUUUUGUAAUUGUAUCUAACUUCACUUCAUAUUUUCUUCAAUAUUUUUCUAAUUUUUUCCAAUAAUAGCGAAUAAAAUUUGUAUUUUGUUGAGAUAGAAUUACUAAUUUAUGUAUUUCCGUCUGUUUCCUUAAUAGAUCUUAUAAAUAACUUUAUUUUUUAACAUAAUAGUAAUUGCGAAUUUUAGAGGUUAAUCCUCACUUUUUUACAUUUCAUUGACGUGUUAAAAGAAACUUUAUUAAAACUUAUUUUUUUUUAAUAUUAAAUUAAAUAAGUAAUCUAGUUAUAUAAAAGAUUCUUGGAAAAUAAGUGUAAUACUUACGAUUUCACCAUGGCGAAUUGGGAAGAGAAAAAGCACCUUAUAGUUCGUAAUCUCCAAGAAGUUUUAGGGGAAGAAAAAAUCAAUCAGAUUUUGAAAGAAAGGGACCUCAAAAUUUAUUGGGGUACAGCUACUACUGGACGGCCCCACAUAGCCUAUUUUGUACCCAUGUCUAAGAUUGCCGAUUUCCUUAGGGCUGGCUGUGAGGUGACUAUUUUAUUUGCAGAUUUGCAUGCUUAUUUGGAUAAUAUGAAGGCACCUUGGGAUUUAUUAAUUCUUCGCACUCAAUAUUAUGAAGCUGCCAUUAAAGCAAUGCUUCAGUCCAUUGAUGUACCAUUAGAGAAGUUGAAGUUUGUCAGAGGUACAGACUAUCAGCUUAGCAAAGAAUAUACCCUAGAUGUCUAUCGUAUGUCUUCUGUUAUUACCGAGCAUGAUGCCAAGAAAGCUGGAGCAGAAGUAGUGAAGCAAGUAGAGCAUCCUCUGUUAAGUGGUUUACUAUAUCCUGGGUUACAAGCAUUAGAUGAGGAGUAUUUGAAAGUUGAUGCUCAGUUUGGUGGUGUUGAUCAAAGAAAAAUAUUCACAUUGGCUGAGAAAUAUCUUCCAUCACUUGGAUAUGCUAAACGAGCUCAUCUUAUGAAUCCUAUGGUACCUGGUCUAACAGGUGGGAAAAUGUCAGCAUCUGAGGAGGACAGUAAAAUUGAUCUUUUGGAUAGCCCAGCUAAUGUAAAAAAGAAACUUAAGAAAGCUUUUUGUGAACCUGGAAAUAUUGUUGAUAAUGGAGUACUAUCCUUCAGUAAAUAUGUUGUAUUUCCAUUGUUAAAACCUGGUGAGACAUUCAAGAUUUCUAGAGCACCAGAUCAUGGUGGUGAUAUUGAAUUUUCUAACUAUGAUGACUUGGAAGCUGAAUUUGCAAAGCAGAAUAUUCAUCCUGGAGAUUUGAAAUUGUCUGUUGAACAAGCUAUCAAUAAGCUCUUGGGACCAAUUCAAGAAAUAUUUAAAGAUCCCAAACUUCAGGAGUUAUCCAAAAAGGCAUAUCCACCAUCAACUAAAACUAAGAGUAAUAACAAUAAUGAUGAAAUUACUCCAUCAAAAUUAGAUAUCCGUGUAGGUCAUAUUGUAGAAGUUUCAAGGCAUCCAGAUGCAGAUGCAUUGUAUGUAGAAAAAAUUGAUUUAGGUGAAGCAGAACCUAGAACUAUUGUAUCAGGUUUAGUAAACUUUGUACCUAUAGAAGAAAUGCAAAAUAGAGAUGUUGUUGUAUUAUGUAAUUUAAAACCAGCAAAGAUGCGCGGAAUAGAGUCAAAGGGUAUGGUGUUGUGUGCUUCAGUUGAUGAACCAAGACAGGUGGAGCCGUUAUUGGCUCCAGAAGGUAGUAAGCCAGGUGACAGAAUUGUUGUAGAAGGAUAUGAAACUGGGGAGCCAGAUGAUGUUCUUAAUCCCAAAAAGAAAGUAUGGGAAAAAUUACAAAUUGAUUUGAAAACAAAUGAUAAUUUACAAAGUGUUUGGCAAGGAAACAGACUUAUAAGCAAAGUCACUGGAAAUCCUGUUACCACUAAGUCUAUUAAAAAUGCUCCUAUAAAAUAAGUAUAAUAAUUGUAUGUUAAAUGUCAGGCUUUUAAAUUUAAUUUGCUAUUAACAAUUAUUCCUCUAUUGCUUCAGUUUUAGUAAUGCUAAAAGCUGUUGAAAUCUUUUAUUUUGUAUAAAUUUAUUUUAUACCACUGUUAUAAUUUAAUAAACAAUAAUUGUCUUUUCUUGUAUCAAUUUAA